UCAAAAGACUUCAGACCGCAAUGGAGUCGCAGAAUGGGGCUGGCAAAUGCGACAACAAGGCCCGGGUUCUGUUGGACAUUACUAUGUCAGACUUCCUCAGUCCGAGCAACAAGUCCGCUAUAUAGCAGAUGGAAGUGGUUACCACGGUGCGCUGGCGUUUAGCACGAAAGGCCCACAGCAUAGCACUACGUCAAACUUCGCCCUAGGACGUCGAGCACUAGAGCUUGAUUCUCAGAUAUCUUCUCAAAUAGAAGUAGUACAAGUAUUUAAGGCUUCUAACUGUUCAAACAAUGAUGAGAAACAGAAAAAUAAUAUCGAUAAAGAAUCCGCUAAAUUAGAGGUGUCAAAUGGUUUGACUACAGUAGACGGACACUUCGGUGAAAAAGAAAUAAAACCUCUAAAUCGAGGUACAGUUAACUUUAAAGUUGAAUCACCACGAAGUAAUGCUAGAAAUGAAAAAAAAUACUAUUCAAGUUCAUCUGGAUCCACUACACCUAAUUCCGUAACAUUUACUGAAGAAGAAGGUAUAUCACGGCUUGUAGCUUCCACGCAGGACUUAAUAUCAAAUGAAGACUUGUUAAAAAUUAAUCACGCCGAAGAAUCAUCCGCCAUAUAUACUCAAAACGAUGAUCUAAUUAAAGCAAAACCAAGAUUCAGUGUUAGAUCUCAAGGUACCUUUGAUUCACAGCGAACUGUCCCUCAAAGUCAUGUCUCAGUCUCCACUAAGUAUGGAAAUAUUGUAAAUACUAAAACACAACAUAUAAAGAAUGAAAGAAAUAAUAAACAAUUAAAUGAACACACAUUUAAAUCACCAAUCAUUGUCUCAGAUGCAAAUGAAAACAAUUUUAAACAAAAGGUUGUUAACAAUUUGAUAUCUACAAUGGUUCCAUACUUGGAAGAUGGUUAUGAACUGGUAAGAGUAAGAAAUAGCUUAGAUGAAGUCGGUGAAACUUCUGACGAAGAUUUGGUUAACAUCACUCCUCGACCCAUCAGCCAGAACUAUUUAACACCAAUCACGGUAGCUCUAAGACUUUUGGAAGCAAAUAAUACCGAUUAUCAAGACCACGACAUAUCUGAAAGUGAAAACAUCCCAGAUACAGCCAUGCCUGAACAGGAAAGAACAAUAAUAGAAAUCCAACAUUCAAUACCUAUUGAAAUAACUCAUAUAAACGAUGUUGAAUAUCAUCGCGAGUAUAUGGAUGAGGGUAGAAAUUUUAAUGGACCUUAUAGUUAUGGUAAUGUCCAGCAUAAUCAAUAUAUAUUCUCAGAAACAAAUAAUGCUCAACCUAAUCAAAAUACAGACUAUAACGAUAGACAAAAGAAGAAUUCUAAUGAUAAUGAACAAUCAGGCAAUGCUUACAGUAAAGUUCAUGUAAAUCCAAACCAACAACAAGAUAAUAGAAAUUAUCAUCAUGAAAUAGUUCAGCCAAUUAUAAUUGAAAAAGAAGUUCCUGUUACCAAAUUCGUCGACAGAUAUAUUGAAAAGCAAGUGCCAUACCCAGAACGAGUAGAAGUUGUAAAAGAGGUACCAGUAGAUAGACCUGUACCUGUUCCUGUGAGAUACGAUAGAAUUGUUGAAAAACCGGUAGAGAUCACUCGAUACGUCGAUAAACCUUACCCUGUAGAGGUAAUGAAGCCAUACCCGGUUGAAGUGAGGGUUCCAUAUCCUGUCGAGCAUAAAGUAUACGUUGAUAGGCCAGUUCACGUACCAUAUGCCGUUGAAAAGAAUGUAAUACAUCCUGUAGCUAUACCAACUCCUGUAGCGGUACCUUUUCCUGUAGAGCAAAAGGUGCUCUAUCCAGUACCCGUUGAAAAACCAGUACCUGUAGAAAGAAUAGUUCAUAAAGAGGUUCCGGUGCCUUAUCCAGUGGAAAAGAGAGUACCGUAUCCCGUCCACCACGAAGUGAAAGUACCUGUGCCUUACCCAGUAGAGAGACGGAUACCAGUGACAGUUGAAAAACCAGUUACAAAAAUUGUCGAAAAGCACAUUAAAGUACCUGUACCGCAUCCGGUUCCUUAUGAAAUUCACGUGCCACAGCCGUAUCCAGUUGACAGGAUUGUUGAGAAAAAAGUGCCUUAUCCAGUACACAUUGACAGAAUAGUCGAGAAAAAGGUACCAGUUCAGGUACCAUACCCAGUAAAUACUGUCGUUGAAAAAAUUGUUGAAAAGCCUGUCGUAGUAACAAAAUAUGUUGAUAAACCUUAUCCUGUGGUAAAAAGGGUACCGUAUCCGGUGGACAGAAUUGUUGAAAGAAGAGUACCGUAUCCGGUUGAAGUUAAGGUACCAUACCAGCAAAAGCCAGACACGCCGUACGAAUUUGAACAGAUUGAUCCAAUUUACAAUGGAUAUGGAAAGGGAUACCAAAAUCCAAUACAGUACAUUCCAAAAGUUUCCACUCUUCAGCAAAACCAACAGCUCCAAAAUUAUAUGCAGAUCCAAGCCGAGUCCCAGCGUAAUUAUCAAGUUCAAAAAGCUAGCGAUGAGUAUUUGAAAAGUUUGUACAAACAAAAUAUUCCCAUUCAUUCGACGCUGUGGGGAAACCAGUACGCCUCAACAUACUCUUAUAUAAAUUCCACAGAUAAGAACUAUUUCCCUUCAAACUAUAUAGAAAGUGAACAGAAAUAUUACGGUCCCCCGCCUACCAAAACAUAUAAUUUUACUUGGGAGAAAAAUCAGGACUCCGAUAAACGAAGAACUGAUAGAGCCCCUAAAAAUUUAAGAAUAGAGUAUGGCGGAUUCAAACCACCAUUAAUACCGAGUACGGAAGUCGAUUUAGAUGGAAAUCCAAUAAAGAUACAGAAUUAA